AUGGAACCUAGCUCAUCUCCAAUUGGAAUGAAAAUGGAUGACUCUCAACCCAAGCUUAUUCAGAAUUGGCAUAAAAAUGGAGAGUGCCCACAAGGAACAAUCCCCAUUAGAAGGACUCAAAAUCAUGACCUUCAUCGAACUUUUCCAUUUCACCGGCAAGGAGGACAACAUUACUACCCCUUUGGGCAACUACUAGGUGGUCAUAAGUAUGCCUUUGUUACUAAAACUGGUAGUACCUACUAUGGAGAGCACGCAUCAUUUAAUGUGUGGAAUCCUAAGACAGAGGCUAAUGAAUUUUGUUUAUCUCAAAUUUGGGUUAUGUCUGACAAAACAACCUUGAAUACUAUUGAAGCUGGAUGGAUGGGAGAUAACUAUCAAAGCACAGGAUGUUAUGAUCUUAGUUGCCCCGGUUUUGUACAGACAAAUCAUAAGUUUGCCAUUGGUUGCACCAUAAAACCUGUUUCCACCUACAACGAAAAGGCAUUCGCCAUAUCUAUGCUAAUAUACAAGGAAUUGGAAGAGGUCAAUGUGCAAAUGCAUGUUGCCAGCCAGGCUACUGUUAAGGAAGACACUAGAAGUCUGCCAGUUGUUGGACAAGGCUCUACAAGUCAUGGAAAAGACUGUGAUGAAGAAGCAAUGUAUGAUGAUUUCUUGGAGGCAGCAGUUAUCCAAAGAAUGUGUCCCAACUUCACGAAAGACCAUUUGAAGGAGUUUAUUAGUAAUGAAGUGCCAGAAUGCAGCAUGGAAGAUGUUUCUGAAGUAACUGAACAAGAUGGCCAAGAGGAGAAACAGGCAUAG